AUUACUGCCACACAUGAUUGAACCACCAGUGAGCAGCUGUAGUUAGUACCCUUUAACUACUGCAUCAGUAUGGAACAAGUGGAGUCUUCUGUACGAGAUAAAAUCAAAAUCAAAUUAGUACCUGCACAAACGGCCGAAGAACGUAAACGUAAUAUUAUAGCCAAUGUCGUCUUGGUGGAAGAUGUUGCCAACGGAGAUGGAACUGGACUGAUGCCGUAUAUUGAUGAAGUGGUGACAGCCACUAAUGUUAAUCAAUUGCAAAACACACAAGGAAAGACUGAAAAACCCCGUCUGCGUUAUUAUGCUGUCGGUCCAUCAACAUAUCGCAUUAAGUGCCCCCUGUGUCGUCAGCGUGCGGAUGCGGCAGUUGUGCGUGCAGCUGGCUAUAAAGAUGCCACUUGUUGUUUAUCGAUGUUGUCGUGUGUCUUUCCUUUAUUUUGGAUUUGUUGCAUUUGCACUUGGUGUGGCUGCAAUCGAGAAUGGACUACAAAGGGCCUGUACUGUAGUCAGUGUGGUGGCAAAUUGGGCAUACAGAGAAAACCUAAAUAGUUGUAAUAAAAAUGAUUAUUUUUAGAUUUUAGUGGGAAAAUAAUUCAAAGAAAAUUAUGCUGAAAGUGUUUGUCUGACAAAAGAAAAAUAAGUAUUAAAAUUAAAUAAAAACGAUUCUAUAGAAUGCAAUUGUUUAAUGUGAAAA